GUAGAGGUGGAGCCGGGAGCGCACCUUGCCCCGGAGAAGCCGGAAGCGCCAGCGGACUGGGGACACUUACCUGUUGAGCCUUUGCAUACAGGUAAAGGCUCCACGUCCUGAAGGUCCGGUGCGCAGAUUCCCAGAUGUGGUGAAGAGCACAGCUGGCUACCCGAGGAUCCCGUGGCAGGACAGCAGUCCAGACAGAGCUAAACCCACGUCUCCGGGAGUUCCUCCUACCCCAUAGCUGCCAAGACUGGAGAGACACACUCCCUGUCCAGGGGGUGGACACAACUUAAGCCAGCAAUAGCCAUGAACUAUGUGGGGCAGCUGGCAGAGACUGUGUUCGGGACAGUGAAGGAGUUAUACCGGGGCCUGAACCCCGCCACGCUGAGCGGCGGCAUCGACGUGCUGGUGGUGAGGCAGGAGGAUGGCUCCUUCCGGUGCUCACCCUUCCACGUGCGGUUCGGCAAGCUCGGUGUCCUGCGGUCCCGGGAGAAGGUGGUGGACAUUGAGAUCAAUGGAGAGCCAGUGGACUUGCACAUGAAGCUGGGGGACAGUGGGGAGGCCUUCUUCGUACAGGAGCUGGACAGCGAUGAGGAAGACGUGCCUCCCCGCCUGUGCACCUCGCCCAUCCCAUGGGGAGGCCUGUCUGGCCUCCCUUCAGAUUCCCAGAUUGGCACAGCCAGUGAGCCCGAGGGCCUCAUCCUCACCGGGCGGAGGAAGAGGAGACGCAGGAGGAAAGCCAGGAAGAAGGGGGACGCACUGGCCACUGGUUCCAGCUCCGAGGAGGAGGCGGGCCCCGAGAGCGAGCCGUGCAUGCCGGAAAAAGCAAAGCCAGAGUCCCCGAGCGUUCAGUCGGAAGGGGCGUCUUCACCACAGCCCAAAGACAUCUACCCGUACUCAGAUGGCGAGUGCUCCGCUCAGUCCAGCCUCUCACCAGUUGAGCGAAUGUCCCCGAAGAGUGACUCUGAGCUAGAGGUUCGGACUCCAGAGCCUAGUCCCCUGAGAGCUGAGUCCCACAUGCAGUGGGCCUGGGGGAGACUGCCGAAGGUGGCGAAAGCCGAGUGGCCUGAAUCCUCUGUGGUCCCCGAAGGUGGCACCAAGGCAAGCUCCCCUCUUCUGGAGGGCCCUGGCACUUCCUCCACCUCAGUGGCUGGCUUGGACCCUUCGGGACCCCCAAUCCUGCCAUCAGGGGCCAAUGCUGACCUUCAUCAUGAUGUGGAGUCCCACUGCAGGGAGACUCUGGUGGCUCUCUCUCUUCCUGCCCCAGAGAGCAAGGGAACCAAGGCUCAGGAGUCCAGGGGUGCAGGCCACCCUCCUGCCACUAAAUCAUGGAGCUGGGCCACUUUGGAGAGCUCUACUCCCUCCGGGUGGCCAGAGGUCUCAAGGGGGAAAGGCACCCUGAAGAGAAGCCAGCACCUGGGUCCCAGCGACAUCUACCUGGAUGACUUGCCGUCUUUGGACUCUGAAAAUGCAGCUCUUUACUUCCCACAGAGUGACUGUGGCAUGGGGGCCAGGAGGUGGAGUGAACCCAGCAGCCAGAAGCUCCUGGGGAACCCCAACGCUGAACUCAUGCCAGAUGACACUCCAGACUCAGUGGACACAGUAGCACUAUCCCUCUGUGGUGGACUGGCUGACAGCCGGGACAUCUCCCUGGAGAAGUUCAUGCAGCACAUGGUCUCCUACCAAGACCUCACCCAAAACCCUGGGCUCCUGGACGACCCGAAUCUGGUGGUGAAAAUCAAUGAGAAGCACUACAACUGGGCUGUGGCUGCCCCCAUGAUCCUUUCUCUACAAGCCUUCCAGAAGAACUUGCCCAAGAGCACCGUGGACAAGCUGGAGAAGGAGAAGAUGCCCCGGAAGGGUGGGCGGUGGUGGUUUUCCUGGCGACGAAGGGACUUCCCGGCAGAGGAGCGCAGUGCCCAGCGGGACAAAACCUCGAGCAGGCAGCAGCAGGGAGAGAAGACAGAGGUUCUGAGCACCGAUGACGAUGCCCCAGACAGCCCUGUGAUCCUUGAAGUCCCCUCCCUGCUGCCCUCCGCUCCAGCCUGCAGUCCUACCUACAAGAAGUCCCUCCGCCUCUCUUCGGAUCAGAUCCGGUGUCUGAACCUGCACGAAGGUGCCAACGACGUGGUCUUCAGCGUGACCACCCAGUACCAGGGCACCUGUCGUUGCAAGGCCACCAUCUACCUGUGGAAAUGGGACGACAAGGUUGUCAUCUCUGACAUCGAUGGUACCAUCACCAAGUCAGAUGCUCUGGGCCACAUUCUGCCCCAGCUGGGGAAGGACUGGACACACCAGGGCAUCGCGAGUCUCUACCACAAAAUCCACCUAAACGGGUACAAGUUCUUGUACUGCUCAGCGCGGGCUAUCGGCAUGGCUGACAUCACCAAGGGCUACUUGCAAUGGGUGAGCGAGCACGGCUGUGGUCUCCCCAAGGGCCCCAUCCUGCUGUCUCCCAGCAGCCUCUUCUCCGCUCUUCACAGGGAGGUGAUCGAGAAGAAACCUGAGGUGUUCAAGGUUGCCUGCCUGAGCGACAUCCAGCAGCUGUUUCUGCCCCAUGGACAGCCCUUCCAUGCUGCUUUUGGGAAUAGGCCCAACGACGUCUUCACGUACCGGCAGGUGGGCCUCCCUGAAUCUCGCAUCUUCACCGUCAAUCCUCGGGGAGAACUCACCCAGGAGCUCAUGAAGAACCACAAAUCCACGUACACGCGGCUCGGGGAAGUGGUUGAGCUCCUCUUCCCACCUGUGGUCCGUGGCCCCAGUGCAGAUCUGGCCGACCCUGAAUACAGCAGCUUCUGCUACUGGCGUGAGCCACUGCCGCCGGUGGACCUUGAUGCCCUGGCCUGAGCCUGCCAUGCUGCCCUGGCCGUCCUUGGUCUGGCCCAGGAUCCAUGAGGGAAACCAGGAUUGGAAAGUAGGUGCCAUGGGGCUGACACACUGAAGGAGAGGAGAGGCUGCAAGUUCAGUGGGCACCUAGAGAACCUCCUCCCCUCCGUAAACUGCAGGGGUGAGGCAACUACCCCUAGGCCUCAGUGCAGCUCUGACCUCCAACCAUUAAGUCUGUCACCAAAGCCCUUUCAGGGUUCUCUAUGCCCUUGACAGGUGUGUACCUGCCACCCUGGGACCUCGCCUCCACUCCUGCUAGAGGAGGUCUCACGGUGAUCUGAAUGUGCAACGAAAGGGGUGUCGGCAGGUAGCGGCAGGUGGCUGACUGACGUCUGGGAAGAACAGAGCUCUUGCCCCCUUUCUGGGAACCUAGAUUACCCUUCAAAGCCAGAUGUCCACCUGAUCCUGAUCCUGCCCACAGUUCCUGGGUGGCACCCUGGAAUCUCACCUCCAAGCCUGGGUGCCGGAACAGGACCCCCUCUGACAUCAGAGAAGGGGAAUUUGAGGGUCAUCUAAGGAUUGAGAAGUGUGGCUCCUACUUUCCCAUCCCUACCACCCCUGUUCUUCUUGGCACUUUCCAAAGACACAGCCCCAAACCUGGUGUUUGCUGACAGCUUUGCCCUGUUGCAGCUUCUGUUGGCCAGGCCAGUGCCCAGCUGCUAAGUGAGCUCUUGUCCAAGGCACUGUGGGACACAGGGUGACAACCAUCAGAAAGCAGCCUUCCCUCCCACUAACCUUGCUGAAGACGACUUGAAAGUGGGAUAAAAAGCUUUAAUCCAGAACCUGCCAUCAAACACCAUCAGAGUGGAGGCCACAAUACCGAGUGUCAAGAAGCCAGAAGGCAGGGCUGAGGGAACCUGAAAGCAGAAGUGGGAGGCCCGGGCUGCUGUUGGGGGAAACUGAGGACCGAAGCCUCAGCACAGAUGGCGUCCGUCUCCAGGAAUUUCUUGGGCCUGAGAAGCACUGGUUGUUUUCCACUUGUUCCUUGAUUGUUUCUGACAUAAAAGUUCUCACCAGCUUGUGAACAUCCUGGCGGGGCUGGAGUUUCUUGGGUUUCAUUAAAAAGCACAGCCUACUCCUCUUUUCGUUCAGCUAUGACCGCCUCCUCAGGAAUCGGGCUCCUUUGGGCCUUAGAGGACUCUGAGGCUAUUGUUAGUAAGAGGUACUGAUGUGAGGGUCGAGGAGGAACCUUCUCCUAACCCAAAGGAAGAAGACCGCAUAGGCACCAGCAUGACAUGGAAACUUCAGGUCUUUUGGGGUGGAGGAAAGGAAAGGGAUACACCGGAGAGGGAUCUCCAGACACCAGACACCACUUGGUUCUACUUCUUUCCUCUGGUAAUGUACAGCUGCCUAUGCCCUCACACUGAGGAGCAAAAGGAAUAAAGAGAACUCUCUACCAGG